AGUACACGUAUUAUUGACGUAAAGAGGUCCGUAGUAUUCGAGCUUUCGGGCGCAAAAAGCUCGCGUUUCCAUUCGGAUUUUUUGUUCAGUGUUAUUCAGGAUUUGCCCCUUUUGGUUAAGGACUUUCGUGAUUGUUUUGUAAAAAAACCUUGUAUUGUAGGUAAAUAUUAAGUGGGAACCAGUUUUAUUUUACUACUUGAGUUCUGUUUGUUUUAUUUUUUCGCUGCAACUCUAUAAAACUUUUGGUUUUGUGUGAGAGAAAACUUUCAAAUAAAAAGUGUUUCUGAAACUGUAAAAGUUCAGGCGUAUCCUUCAAAAUCCAUAUAAAGGAAGACAGCCUCAACAUGUGAUAGUUGUAAGACAAAAAGGGAUGUCUCAUUAGUCCAAAUGAAAGAUUUCUUUGGCCAUUGAGAGACCUGCGCAGGAGCAUGGAUGGACCAUAGAAUGCGCGUCAUCGCGGCGCUUAUAUAUUAUUUCAUGGUCAUUUCAUCACCUAUCUACGCUUUUAUACCUGGAGCGGAUGGGCCAGUUAUAGCACAGGACGCUUUGGAGGGCGGAAAUGCUACUCUGUACUGUGAUUCCUCUACGGACAUUCUCAACGAUGAGCUGAUGCUCCUAGUCUGGUACAAAGACGAUGUACCAAUUUAUAGUUACGACGCCCGGAUAGCCAGCGAGUGGUCGAGCCUGUCCUUCAACACAAGUGGCAGACUGCUAGCAGAUCUGCGGAGACAACCGACUCUUGUCAUCAUCACAAACCUGAGGGGUGACGACCAAGCCUUGUACCACUGUCGGGUGGACUAUCUUCUCGCACCUACCAGGAAUGUUGGAGUCAAUUUGACUGUUAUUGUUCUGCCAAGCCAACCUUUCUUUUUGGAUGAAGUUGGGAACAAAGUUGAAGGAAAAAUCGGGCCAUACCACGAGGGAGACACUUUGGUCCUUAGUUGCUUAGUUAUUGGAGGUCGACCUCCACCUCGAAUCAGCUGGUACUCUGGCGAGGACCUGGUUGACGCUUCAGAUGGCGCCAGUGACAUCCCCGACGUGAAAGAGAACGAGCUGUAUCUACCUCUCACUCGCGCCAACGCUGAAUCAUUGUCUUGUAGAGCCUCCAACACUCCGCUCACUCCGCCUGUGGUUGCUACUUUGAAAAUUGAGCUGUUUUUAUCCGCCUACAACGUAACUAUCAACUGGGUACGAGGGACGGUGGAAGAUGCACUGAGCGCUGGUCGGCCGGCCAUUGUGCAGUGUGUCGCGCACGGCUCCUACCCGCAACCCGAGCUGACCUGGUGGCUGGACCACCGGCACCUCACACAGCACAGCAAUCAGAGCUGGAACAAUGCCACCCGCAAAGCGCAGUCGUUCCUGGAGCUGACGCCGGCCGUGAGCGACAAUGGCGCGACACUGGCGUGCGUCGCAACUAAUACUGCCAUGGAACCUGGACGGGACUCCAAGGCUGACGUCAUCAUUCUUAAUGUUACCUAUAGUCCAAUAGUAGAAUUAUCCAAAUUAGGAGAUGGAAGACUGAACGAAGUGGUGGAGCUGGACAGCUUGCACCUGGAGUGCGAAGUGAGAGCCAACCCGCCAGUUGAAAACUUUACAUGGUAUUUUAAUGAUAUAGAAAUAAGGCCGCACAGUUUAUGGGGCAGCCAAGUGUUUUCCCAAUCCCUGUUGGUAGAGGAAGCGACGCGGAGACACGCUGGUCGAUACUCCUGCGCAGCUCGAAACAGCGUUGGAGAAACGAGAGCUGAAUCUAUCAAUAUUAGUGUAUUUUACCCACCAGAAUGUAUAGAACACGGCAUAACACUAGUGAAAGAAACGUUGAAAUGCAACGUCAAAGCGCUACCAGCGCCAGACACAUUUUUCUGGCACAUCCAACCAACGGACGAAGAUGUACAGCAUCUUACCACUGGAUCAGCAAUCCUUCCACUUACACAAAUUACGGGAUCACUUUCAAGGAACCUGGAAGCGAGCUGUGAAGCAGGAAAUGGUAUCGCAUCUCAAGAGAAACCCUGUAAAAGAACAUUCAGUUUUGAGUUGCUGAGACCACCCCAACCACAGCAAUGCGAUCUGGCGUAUGAAUACGAAGAAUUUCAAAUGAGGUGUAUUCCAGUUGAAAACGCAACAUACUACGAAGUCUCAGUUUGGCGAAUGUCAACGUCCAACGCUUCAUUGAUGCUGGAACGAAGAGGGUCCAUGGGAUAUGGGAUGAGCCAGGCUUUGGCCCAGGGCGAAGGCGUCCCGUGGCUCGUAAGAGGUCCUCUAGGGAACUUGAGAGUAGAGGAUGAAGUUGGUGCUUCUGCAUGUAACAGAUAUGGCUGUUCGGGAUCAUUGCUAUUACGACCGACUGAGCUAUUGUUGAAUUCAGCAUCUGUGCCUUGGUGGAAUUUUCUUCUCGGCAAAGAUGUGGGCAUAUCAAUCGGGGCAGUGGUGCUUUUGGCAGUGUUCAUACUAUCCUCAAUACUGGUCGUACGAGUUGCUCGACGCGUCCGGUCCAAACCUGCGCCCGUCAUACAAGUGCUGCAGCUUGACGAAGUCGCGCGAGAAUAUCUUGAUAACAUAGGAGAGCAUAAAGUCCACGCGUCGUGCAGCCUGCGCUCAUGCAGCAGCGGCUACUCUGAUGGCUCCGGAGAAACUGCGCCAACUAUCGACCGACGUCGCAAGCCGCGUCUAUGGGAAUGGGACCCACCACCUCCCGAUGUGACUCUCACUUUACACAGAGAAAGUGCUGUAUGAACUACAACGGUGAAGGAUGCUUCUCGUGUCGAAGACUCUCUGAAAUCUUGAGGAUCUUGAGGACUUCUUAUCUAGACUUACGGAUGACUUGGAUAACUGAAUCAUUUGAUUCAGGUUUAAAGACAACGGCACUCUCCAUUAUAGACUGUAGCAUCACUAGGUUCAAAUACUUGAGUGAGAAUGGCUGCUCAAUUAUGUGAAUGUGGAGACCCAACUAACCAAUGCUAAGCAUUCCUGUCCAUACGCUUUAUGGAAAUCGUCGUUACUGUCUUAGAACUCUCUAUAUGCUCAUAGAAAGAUCACUAGAUGGAACUACAUGGCAUAACAUCACACUUACGAUGUGUUUAAACAAAAUUUGGAACUAUAGAUAUGGAGGCGACUGACGAACCUGUAAACAUUCUACUCGUGUGAUAGUGCUUUGGACUACCUAACUGCAGAUAGAAGAUCUGGCAGACAGUUUGAUCAGAUAAUAUGAAAUAUUUGCUGAAGGGAUAUAAAACAUAUAAUAAUGACAAAUGAGUGUGAAUAAGGAAAAUGUGACUACUUUGACCUAAUGAUCCUAAUGAGUUUGAUACUCCAGGAUAUUUCAUUGAUUAGGUGAUAGUCAUGGACCCCCCUAACCAAUCAAAUUAGGAUAUUUUUACUGCAGUGACUAUCGAAAAUAGAGUCAAUUACAUAAAAAGCAUAAAAUUAUGUGUAAAAUAUUUAUUUAUUGAGUUUUAAACUAUCGUGAGUGAUUUCCAUUAUAAGUAUAGGUUGUUACGGCAAUACCCGCUUAUUUAGUCUGAUGUAAGUGCGAUUAAUUUCGAAAUUCGAAUGCACCAAGGGUCCUUUUUCAUAAGGACCAAAUACGUGAGUAUAGUCGACACAACCUAUACUUAUUUAUUGAGUACGUAUUUGGAUUUUAAGCUAUUGUUACAAGCUUAAGGACUUUAGAACCAUAAUUGGAGUUCGGUGGACGUUUAAAAGUGAAUAAUUGACACAAUAAAUAAGAGACUGCCACGUUACCCAUAAGAGUUAUACUAAUAUUUAAAAGUUUACAUCUUUGGAAGAUUAUCACAUUAAUAACUAUAAGUUAAUUUUACAAUGUCAUCGAAAUAGGUCAUGUUGAAUUCAUUAUAAUGUUGUGAAUAUAAAAAAAAUAGUAUAAUUUUCAUCUGAGGCCAUAGAAAAAUAUUAUAGGUAAGUUUCAUCUGAGGCUCCAAAGGCCAGUAAAGAAAUUUAUGCUUUUAGAAUUGGGCGUAAAAUUUAUCGCAGAUUUUUGACAGAUUUUCAAUGUAGAAACUGUCAAAACGCCAAAUUCUGUCCUCAAUUCCGCCAAAUUUAUUAUUAGGUAGGUAGGGGUCAUAGAAAAAUUUAUAUCUACAAUCUGUACUUGCCUUUAUGUACCUAUAUAACUGGCCUAAGAAAAAACUGUUUGAAAUAUGAUCAUCAUAGAAUAAUAUUUGGUCUCUAAAAUUGAGAACAUUUAUUAAUAAUUAGGAAGACCUCCAUAAAAUUGUACCUCCUUUUAGUAAAAAAUUUAAAAAAUUAUAUGUUGAAAGGUUUUUAUCUGUGCAGAACAAGAUAAUUUAUGUAGGUAUAUAUUAAAAACUUUUGAAAUAUGAUGUUAAAU